UAAUCUAAUUCAAUUCAUCGAUCGUAAAACUUAAGGAAGAAGAAACCGAGGAUUCUGUUAUGUCGGUUUCAUGUGGGGUGGGGAGCGUGGUGGUGGCGGGCUGCAUGCGGUGGGGUUGGCGGCGGUGCACUUACGUCGGCGGCGACGAUAGUGCUUCGUGGCCGGCAGCUACCGUCGAGGAAUUCUCGCCAGUUCCCCGGCUCUGCCGUACAAUUCUCGCUAACUACGAGGAUGAUCUCCGGAGUCCGAAGUUUCCGCCCGCCGGCGGCUACGGGCUAAACCCUGACUGCGUCUUCAAGCGCGUGAGCUACGAGGAAACGCGCGGCCGUGUUCCGCCGUACAUGAUAUACCUCGACCACGACCACCGUGAGAUAGUCCUGGCGAUCCGCGGCCUCCACUUGGCCAGAGAGAGCGACUACAAGGUCCUCCUCGACAACCGCCUCGGCCGGCAAAUGUUCGACGGCGGAUACGUCCACUCCGGGCUUCUAAAAUCUGCGAUUUGGGUUCUGAACAGCGAGUCCGAUACUUUAAAGCGGCUCUGGGAGGACACCGGAAGGAGCUACCGGAUGGUUUUCGCCGGGCAUUCUUUAGGCGCCGGCGUGGCAGCCCUGCUCGCGGUGAUCGUCGUUAACCAUAUGGAUAGAUUAGGCGGUAUUCCCAGGAAUCUAAUCGCGUGUUAUGCGGUGGCGCCGUCGCGGUGCAUGUCUCUCAACUUGGCUGUUAAGUACGCCGAUGUAAUACACUCGAUUGUGCUGCAGGAUGAUUUCUUGCCAAGGACACCUACCCCAUUGGAGGAUAUAUUCUCAUCCAUAUUCUGUCUUCCCUGCUUGCUAUUUCUAGUGUGCAUGAGAGAUACAUUUGUAUCUGAAACUGCAAAGCUCCAAGAUCCCAGAAGAUUAUAUGCACCUGGAAGAAUGUAUCACAUUGUGGAAAGGAAAUUCUGCAGAUGUGGGAGGUUUCCUCCAGAAGUGAGAAGUGCGAUCCCGGUUGAUGGGAGGUUCGAGCAUGUUAUCUUGUCCUGCAACGCAACCUCUGAUCACGCGAUUGUUUGGGUCGAAAGAGAGGCUGAGAAGGCGUUACAGAGACUGAAGGAGACGAGUAGAGAGGACGCCCCGAAACUGCAGAAGAUGGAAAGACAGCAGAGCUUUGAGAGGGAGCAUAAGGAUGCAAUGGAGAGAGCUGUGAGUUUGAAGAUACCUCAUGCUGUUGUGAUGGGGGAAGAGGAGGAGUGUGAAGGGUUUGUGGAGCAGACCACCAUUGCAGAGCCUUAUGUGCAGAGUGAAGAUGUGUUGGAACUUAAAGCUAAGUUCAUCCAUGGCAGAACUAACUGGCAUGAACUAGUUGAGAAGCUUUUCAAGAAAGAUGAAUCAGGGCAAUUGUUACUACAUAGGGAUCCCAAUGCUAUUCACUAAUUUCUUUGGCACCUUUUUUUGCUAGUGUUUUUGAGAUUCUUGUAUAUUGUAUUUGUAAUUAUACCAGUUUUUUCUAUAUUGUAAAUAUAUCGAGUUUCUCUAAGAUGUCGAUUUUAGCAAA